AUGUUGAAAUCUCUACUUUUACUUCGUCCAUCACCUGCUCAAGCCGCACGGUAUUUACAUCUUUCGAAACCGUACUUGACUGCUGGACAAACUCAAUACCAUGGCCAAAAAGAUUCAACCUGGUGGGAAAAAUACGGUUCACAUGUAGAUCCUGUUCAAUCCCGUUCUGAAUUGUUAAACAUGGACGAUUUGGACGAACGGCAUUUUCGACCUGUGAAGCCUGUUAUACCUACUUACCAAUCUUUUUCUUGUUUUCACGAUCCGAUUGUUUCACGAGUUAUGGGAAUUCUGUUACGUGAUGGCAAUCGUGAGUUAGUAGAAGAAUUAAUGCAUAAAACAUUUCGAACGAUCAAAUUAAUACAAGUUGGAAAAUGGCAUCGAGCAAAAACAGAUGAAGAACGUGCUCAAAUCGAAUGUAAUCCCGUAAUUCUACUGACAAGAGCUGUUAAAAAUGCCACACCCAUUGUUCGUCUCACUCGUAUCGCAAAAGGUGGAACUUUAUAUUCAGUGCCGAUUCCAAUGUCGCCAGAUCGUGGUGUUUUUACAGCAAUUCGUAUGUUGAUUGAUAGUACACAUGAUGCUCGACCACAUGAUCAACGCUUGACUUUCAAUGCAAUAAUCACAAUUAUUACACACUAUUCUUCUAACGUCUAUACAAAUACAAAGCAAAUAUGA